UGAGGAUCAUUUUAAAUAUUCUGUCAAAAUGAGGAUCAUCCGCAACCAACACUAUGAAAGCAAAAAGGUAUUUAAGCCUAUAUUUUACAUCCAAUAUUCUUAUAGAAGUGCUUGCAAUUGCUAAGGUUUGCAACACGUUUGCAGAACUAUUAGAACCACACGUCUCAACUACCCACAGCGGUGGAUCCUGAUCCAACCAUAACAAAAUCAUCAAUAAAUAUACCAAAUUCAGCAUAUAAGUAACAGCUACCACCUCAUCAAACAAACAAGGUGAGUAUCAGUGAAAAACACACAACAUAAACAUGUCUACUGACUCUGUGAAACAGGACCAGCUUCAUGUUGUUAUGUUCCCAUUUCUUGCAUUUGGUCACAUUAACCCUUUUGUUCAGUUAUCGAACAAGUUGUUCUCUCAUGGUGUUCGUAUAACCUUAUUGUCAGCUGAGUCCAACAUUUCCAGAAUCAGAUCAACCCUUAAUCUGAAUCCAGCCAUAAAUAUUAUCUCACUGCAGUUCCCAAAUGGCGUAAGCAGCACCGCUGAUUUGCCUCCUCACUUGGCUGCAAAUCUUGUGCAUGCCAUCGACCUUACUCAGCCUCAGCUGAAGUCUCUUCUGUUGAAACUCAAACCCCACUAUGUUUUCUUCGACUUUGCACAACACUGGCUCCCAAAAAUUGCUUCUGAACUCGGCGUCAAAUCCGUUCGUUUCUCUAGCUUCCCUGCCAUUGCUGAUUCUUACAUUACUGUGCCUUCCAGAUUCUCGAAUGUUGAGGGAAGAAACAUCACUUUUGAGGAUCUUAAAACCCCUCCACCUGGGUACCCUCAAACUGAUGCUUCCCUCAAGGACUUCGAGGCCAUGGACUUAAUGUUCCUCUUCAAAAGAUUUGGUGAAAAUCUCACUGGUUAUGAGCGAGUCAUGCAAGGCUUUGGUGAGUGUUCCAUCAUAGUGUUCAGAAGUUGCAUGGAAAUUGAAGGACCCUAUUUAGAGUACAUGGAAAAGCAAUUUGGAAAACCGGUUUUGGUGUCCGGUCCACUUGUCCCUGAGCCAUCAAGGGGUGUGCUAGAGGAAAAGUGGUCCAAAUGGUUAGACACUUUCCCCGCCAAAUCUGUAGUAUUAUGCUCAUUUGGUAGUGAGGCUUUUCUGAAUGAUGAUCAAAUCAAAGAACUUGCAAGUGGAUUAGAACUCAGCGGCUUACCUUUCAUUUUGGUUCUAAAAUUCUCAUCGGAUCUGUGUGCUGAAUCUGAGUUGGAGAGAACACUGCCAAAAGGGUUCUUGGAGAGAGUGAAGGAUAGGGGAUUGGUGCACACUGGUUGGUUUCAGCAGCAACUUGUGCUGAAACACCCUAGUGUUGGGUGCCAUGUAGGUCAUGCAGGGUUUAGUUCAGUGGUGGAAGCUAUGGUGAAUGAGUGUGAACUUGUGCUGUUGCCUUUGAAGGCUGACCAGUUUUUCAUCACGAAGCUUGUUGUGAAGGAUUUGGAGGCAGGGGUUGAGAUAAAUAGGAGGGAAACAGAUGGGUACUUUCAGAAAGAGGAUGUUCUGAAGGCAUUGAAAACUUUAAUGGUGGAAUAUGAGAAAGAGGCAGGGAAACACAUAAGAGAAAACCGCAUGAAAUGGGGCAAGUUUUUAUCUGAUAAUGACGAUAACUUCAUCACAGAUCUUGUUUCCCAGUUGAAGUCUAUGGCUUAAUCAUAUCCUCACAUUUUCAUCUAUUGUAUCACUAUCUUCUUAUCGUUUUGCUUUCCCUUUCUACCUCUGAAUUUUUGUUUCCCAACAUCAAAUAAACCUCUUUUUUUUAGGUGAUAUAAUAAGUACGUAUUAUAUAAUUAAUAAAGAAAAUUAAUAACUAAUUUUUUGUAUUGAGUUCAUGAUUUCAGGAUAUUCAUUUUUAAAUGUAGAUCGGUGUGAAUGGAAUGGAGCCCACUUCAUUUUGAGAAAUAAAUAAUAAAUCACAUUCAUGUGA